AUGGUUUCGUGCCAUCGACUGGACAUGCUGUUGGCAAGACAAUGGCAUAACGUACUAUGUACCAGUGAUCCGAAGACAAUUGAACAUGUGCUCAAGAAGUGGAGGGAGUUUGUGAAGCCUGAUAACGUUAAUGAGAUUCUGGGCACUUUUGGACAAAAUGUGGAUACGUCAAACGGUGACGACUGGAUUCGCCAUCGCAAACUCACAGCGCCAUGCUUCAACGAGCGAGCCUCCGCCACUGUAUGGAGCGAGUCAAUGCGACAGUCGAAGAUCAUGAUAGAGCAAUGGCUCUCGUCAUCAGAUGGCAAAUGGAAAAGCAUGAUCAAGGAUACCAGUACUUUGGCACUAAAUGUCAUCUCUUCAGUCGCUUUCGAGAACACCGAAGUCAACAAACCAACACCGGGUCACGCAUUGUCACUCCGCGACACGCUGGUGACAGUCAUGAGUACCUCGAUCUCUCCAACUAUGGAGGGUAUUCUGCCCUUCUUACAGUUUCCAAUACUCCAGUCGCUACUGCCGAGCGAUGUCAAAGAUCUUUUACAAGCUAUGCACGAGUUCCGACAAUACAUGAAUGAAAUCAUAGUAACAGAGCGAGAAGCGAUGACGAGCGGGCAGACUAGAGUAUCUGCUCUUAUCAGCACACUUAUUGAAGCUAGUGGCCAAGUCAAGACUGAAAGUAGAGCAUCAAAAGCCAGACUCUCAGAUACUGAGCUUAGAGGCAAUAUCUUCAUCUUCUUGGUCGGUGGUCUGGAGUCUACGUCCAUCACUCUUUCGUAUGCGAUAGCUUUACUGGCUGUGCAUCCUGAUAUUCAGGACUGGGUGGUGGAAGAGUUGGACGAAGUACUGAGUGACAAUGUAAAUAGCGAGAUGGAGUAUGUCAGAGUGUUUCCGCGGUUGAAGAGGGUCAUGGCUGUCAUGGAAGGUACCGAGUCUACAAAUCUACCUGCUAACACUCAAAUCAUGCUUAACUCUUGGGCCUGCCAAACCUCAUUUACAAAUUUCCCUGAUCCAAUCACGUGGAACCCGAAGCGCUGGAUUCAACCACACCUCUCUGAGACCACCAAAAAAGCUCUUCCAGCGACUCUAGCUGCAGAAGAACUGAAGCACGCAACGGGUGGUAGCGGUUUCGUCGCUUGGGGUACUGGGUCGAGGAUAUGUCCUGGAAUGAAAUUUAGUCAAGUGGAGUUUUGCAGUGUACUGAGUACCGUUUUGAAAGGAACCAGAGUGGAGACAGUGUGUGGGGAAGACGAGGAAGUAAAUACGGCCAGGCAGAAGGUGAUGGACAUUCUAAAGGACUCGUGUGCGGAUCCGCUGCUGCUGCACGUGAGACAACCGGAAAAGCUGGAACUAAGGAUCUUCAAACGCUGA